AUGUCGCCCCUUUCAUCAACGCUCAUUCAUGAAUACGGCUCGACGGUCGACAUGAACCUUCAGGAAAAUCGUACUCUCGUAGUUGCAGCUAGCAUUUCCCAUAACAUUUUAUUUUCCGUAGAUGGACUGCGCAACUAUUUCUCCCAGUUUGGCAGAGUCGAGGCUUGCACCAUUAUGCGCGAUCCAGCUGGUCGCUCCCGUGGGUUUGCCUUUUUGACCUUUGAAGAUCCCGCGGCGGUAAACAAGGUCAUGGUUCAAGAGCAUUAUCUUGAUGGAAAGAUUAUUGAUCCCAAGCGCGCCAUUCCUCGCACGGAGCACCAACGAACGGUCAAAAUGUUCGUUGGGGGACUUGCGCCUUCGGUCACGAAUGAAGGGCUCAAAGAGUAUUUCGGGCAGUUUGGCAAGGUCAUUGAUGCCACCGUCAUGGUCGAUCGCGACUCUAGCCGAAGCAAAGGCUUUGGGUUUGUCACAUUUGAUGACCAGUCUGGCGCAGAGAGACUAUUUGGUAUGCCAGGUCUGGCAAUUGACGGCAAGACGAUCGAAGUCAAGAUGGCUCAACCCCGUGCUGGCUUGAAUUCGGACCGCAGCCAGAACCGAGGAGGAUACAGCAAUACCAAUUAUGGUGCCGGCAAUAUGGGCGGUACUGGAGGAGGUGGUACGCCGUUCGAUCCUCAAGCACUCGCGACUCUCUACCAGCGCAUGGCUCAGCUAGCGGGUGGUGGGCAAGGCGGAAUGGGAUGGGGAGGAAUGGGCAUGAGCGGCGGAAUGGGUAUGAACCCUGGCAUGGGUAUGGGAAUGAACAUGGGAAUGGGCAUGAUGAAUAACCCUAUGAUGGGUGGUGGUGGGAUGAACAUGCCUGCCGGAACCUCCGCCUCUGGAAUGGGAGGUGGAAUGCGGGGAAGUGGAGGGAUGAACGAUGGCCCUCAAGGCGGCAUGCGAGGCGGUAACAUUCCUCGCGGCCCAGCUGCGAUGCGUGGUGGUGGCCCUGGUAAUAUCCAAGGAGGCGCUCAAGGUGGAAGCGGCAUGGCAGGCGUCCCAACUGGACCCAGUGGAGGACUUGGACCUGCGCGCAUGGGACGAGGUCACCAGCACAACUAUCACCCCUAUAGCCGCUGA